AAUUGUUGAUACUUGAAGGCUCAUAUGCACACAUUUAAUUAGGAAAGGCAAGCCCAAAUCCUUAUCUACCGAGAAUCGCAUUUUACGAUAUCGUCCUUCACCUAUCUUCUCAAAAACCCUAAUUUAGUCCCGACGAGCUAGGGUUUCGACAACGUAAUCAAAUAAUUUCAAGGGUGGUGGCUGAGUUAUCAUCUCCGGCAACUCGGAUUAGGAUGGAUUUCGACGAGUACGACUACCUGGAGAAAGCGGUCGAAGAAACUAACGGCCCAACGAAGAAGGAGACUCCAGAUACAGAGAAGGAGAGAGAGAGGAGCGAGAAGGGGUACAGGAGGAGAGAGAGGAGUGAAGAUGAUGAAUUUGAUGAAGAGGAGAAGGAGAGGAGAAGCAGCAGCAAGAAAUCGAGGAAUGAUGAGAACGGCCGUGACAGAGAGAAGGAUAAGGAUAGGGACAGGGACAGGGAUAGGGAUAGGGAUCGAGAAAGGGAUAAGGAUAGAGACAGAGAUAGAGAAAGGAGCUCGAGGCAUCGGAGUGGAGAGCGGGAUUCAGAGAGAGAGAGGCGGAGCUCGAGGGAGAAGGAUAAAGAGAGGGAAAGAGAGAGGGAUAGAGAGAAGGAGAGGAAAGAUAAGGAUAGAGAGAAGGAGAGGAAAGAGAGGGACAGAGAGAAGGAAAAGGAGAGAGAGAGGCGAGAGAGGGAUAAGGAGAAGGAGAAGGAGAGGGAAAGAGAGAAGGAAAGGGAGAGGGAGAGGAGGAGCCGCAGCAGGAGUCGAUUGGAACGUGAAAGAGAGAGGGAACUGUUGAGGGAUAAGGAGCGUGAGGAGAGCAGAAGAUUCAAGGACAAAAAAGAAGCUGUGGAGCCUGAAGCGGAUCCAGAAAGGGACCAGAGAACUGUUUUUGCAUAUCAGAUGCCACUGAAGGCGACUGAGAGGGAUGUGUUUGAGUUCUUUUCACAAGCUGGAAAGGUUAGGGAUGUUAAAUUGAUUAUGGACCGGAACUCGAGGAGAUCAAAAGGUGUCGGGUACAUUGAAUUCUAUGAUGCUAUGUCUGUACCAAUGGCUAUAGCUUUAUCUGGGCACCUUUUUCUUGGACAACCUGUAAUGGUGAAACCUUCAGAGGCUGAAAAGAAUCUUGUCCAAUCAAACACUUCUGCUGGUGGGUCAGUUGCCGGACCAUAUGGUGCAACAGACAGGAAACUUUAUGUAGGAAAUUUACAUUUCAACAUGACAGAGUUUCAGCUUAAGCAGAUUUUUGAAGCAUUUGGGCCUGUUGAACUUGUUCAACUUCCAACAGAUCCUGAGACGGGACAUUGCAAAGGUUUCGGGUUUGUUCAAUUUGCGCAACUUGAACAUGCAAAGGCAGCACAAAGUUUGAAUGGGAAACUAGAGAUUGCUGGUCGGACCAUUAAGGUGUCCUCAGUUACCGAUCAUGUUGGAGCACAAGAUUCUGGAACAAAAACUGCAGAUUUUGAUGAUGAUGAUGGAGGUGGUUUGGCUCUGAAUGCUCAAUCCAGAGCAAUGCUCAUGGCAAAGCUUGACCGCAGUGGUAUAGCUUCAAGUGUUGUGGGGACCCUUGGAGUGCCUGCCUUGAAUGGAGCAGUUCCUUCACAGCAAACUAUCACCAUGCCCAUCAAUCCAACAUCAGUCCUUCCAAAUGCAGCCCUUCCUGCUCAGGUUGUUUCCAUGGCUCCAGAACCUAUCGGAACACCCAGUGAAUGUUUGUUGUUGAAGAAUAUGUUCGACCCAGCCACUGAGUCUGAUCCUGAGUUUGAUCUGGACAUUAGAGAUGACGUGCAAGAAGAAUGUUCCAAGUAUGGUCGUGUGAAGCAUGCAUAUGUUGACAAGAACAGCGCUGGUUAUGUUUAUUUGAGGUUUGAAAGUGUGGAAGCAGCAUCUCGUGCUCAACAGGCAAUGCACAAGAGAUGGUUUGCUCGCAGAUUGAUUUCGGCCAUAUUCUUGCAACCUUAUGAAUACGAUGCCAAAUUCAAAGGUAGUGCCUGAUGAAAAUGCGACGUCCCGGCCCCCACCCUCGAAAGACCGUGCGUGUUGAAUUUGAUUGUGCUAGGCUUAGUCGUAAUAGUGUUCCAGACCAUGUAAUCUUGUAAUUUCAGACUGCCUGGAACUUUGUUACAGUUCUAAUGUGAAUUGAGGCACCAGUUGAAUGAGAUUGCUUGUGAACA